AUGCUUCUGAUUCUAAUCCUAUUUUUUCCACAGUUAUGUCUUGCUACAUGUCCUGAUGUUGCUGCAUGUAUUGCACGGGUGAGAAAAAUUGCCGCGGAGCCACGUCACUACUGGUUCGGUGAGCAGUGGCGUGAAACGUGUAUCGGACGUCACGUUGAUCCAAUCCAGUGUUACAAUCCCGAAUCGCUUCAAACAUUCCAUAGCCUCGGGAGUCGUUUAUUUCGUGUGCAAACCUAUCAAAAUGAUUAUCUCCGAAAUUUGCGGAUUUUUCCGACCAUCUCCUACAGAUCAGUAAAAGACGGCAUCCAGACAUAUCGUGCCUGUGAUCAUGAUUUUACUGUAAAGAGUAACGGCGGUGUUGAAAUGACUGAAAUACAUCCUGAUAUGGAAGCUGUGAAACCGUUUGAUGUCCGGUAUGCCCCGGAUGUACAAUGGACUGGGAUUUACAAUCAUAGCUAUUUGAUUCUAGCCAUCGACGUGGGCUUCGGGACGCUUAAUUACCUCGCUUUACGAUCUCCGUCCGGUGAUAAGGUGCUCAAGGAAUAUGUCGGUCCAGAAAAUUUUCGACAACAAGCAAAUCCAGUUGUUUUUCUAAUUUUUGAGGCGUCAAAUCAACACAUUGGCCGCGGCACGGUCAUUUAUUUUAAUCACGAAAAUUUUGAUUUGCCGAGAUUCAUGAUCGAUAACGGCCUCGAAAAUGGUAUCUAUAUACAAUUCUUUCAUCCAACUCGCAUCCCUGCAUUGUGUAAAAGCUUGAUUGGACGGGGAAGGUCUAGAAUCCUAAAACUAAAUUUCCAUCCUGCUAGUUCCUUGUACGCCGAGAUCUUUGCAUAA